CAAUCCAAAAGUAAACGUGAACCACGUGAACCUUUUGUUCGCCAUUUUGUUGUUUGACGGCGCCGGAACCAGUCGCGUUACUGCGUGCGCUAUGCACUCGUACACUGUGCAAAAGAAGAUAGAGGUCGUCCAGUGUCACAGGCUGAAGGGCAAGAACGUGCAUCGGACAUCGCGUCAGUUCAAGCUUCAUCGCAAGAGAAUCCGCGAAUGGGACAAGAAGUAUGAAGUGCUUCUCCAACAGAACUUCGGAAAGUCAAAGUUACGACGCAAGUUGGGAAACGGAGCCCCUGUUUUCAGCGAGGAAGUGGACGACGCGCUUUUUGAAUUUCUUGAGUGCGAAAGAAGUGCUGGACGCACCGUCAGCAACAGGCUCCUUUCUGAAGAAGCUGUGACGCUAGCAAAUAACCUACAGCUGGGCAAUUUUGUGGCCUCCAGUAUGUAUUUAAAAAGGUGGAAGGCGCGGUUCGGUGUUUCGAUGCGGCAAGCAACUAAUGAGAGCCAAAAAGUGCCCGAGGACUGCGCGGAGGAGACGCAAGCAUUCCGUGCUGCAAUCGGCUCUCUGCAAAGUCGCCACAACCUGACUUUAUUCAACAUAGCGAAUAUGGAUCAAACAAUGGUCCGAAUGGACACUCCGGCGAACCGGACCAACAACCUCGUGGGAGAAAGUACUGUCCGGAUUACAAACACCGGCUGUGCCAGGUGGGGUUUCACGGUUGCCUUAGCAGCCUGCGGCUCUGGUCACAAGCUCCCGGCGUUUAUCAUCUUGAAGGAGCCGAGCGGAAAAAUUCCAGCAAAGGCCUUCAUGAGCGUUCAUGUACCAGGUGAGAACAACAUUUCGCUUGCUAUUUUGCCACCGAGAGAAAUAGUAUAA